CUAAAGCAGUUGGCGGCGUUGCUGCAGGCGAAAAGUGCUCUUGGAGGUAACGACGUGAUGGAAUCUCAGGGGUCAGACCAAAGCUUGUCUCCUCUAGUUGCUGAACAUGAUAAACAUCUGGAAGAAAUGAGUGAACAGUUGCAAUUCUAUCAGGUACAGAUGGGCGAGAUGAGACUGAAGCUUGAACAAGUCAUCAAGGAAAAUGAAAGGCUGCAUGAAGAACUGAAGGAAGCUGUUGAGAAACAGUUAGAAACCCUUCCUCCUAGUACUUUUCUGGGAAGCGAUGUGUUUGCAGAUGAAGACAUAAUAAGAAACCUCCAAGAUCAGUUACAUCUAGCCCAUCAAGAAAAAGAACAAGCACUAGAACUCUGGCAGACAGUAUCACAGGAACUAGAUCAACUCCACCAGCAGUACCAGGAAUACAUGACUGAAACCCACAUUCACGUGGUUGAAAGGCAAAAGCAAAAAGAUCAGUUGACUGGCUUUGAACAACUAACUAAGCAACUUCAUUUAGCCAAUGAGAAAACAGAGUUGGCUAACCAGCAAUUCCUGAAGACAGUAACAGAACAGAACGUGGAACUAGAACAGCUACACAAACUACUGAGGCAAGCCAAGGUAGAUGUGAGAACAGCAACUGCAAAGGUUGAUGAAAUGACUAAAGUGAUUGAGGAUCUUCAAUCUCAAGUGGAGAGAAAGGAAGAAGAUGUUGUAUCUGCUCGGGAGAGAGAGGAAGCAUCAGACAGACGCUUGCAGCAACUACAAUCUAGCAUAAAACAAUUAGAAACAAGACUUCGUGUAGCCACUCAAGAUGCCGAACAAUUGAAAACAGCAAAAACAGCCCUAGAGAAGCAGGUUAGAGAGCUACAGGCAAAAUGUUCACAUCUCGAAGAAGAGAAAUAUGAUGCUGUCGUAAAAGUCCGAGAUAGCAUGCAACUCUUAGAGGAAGCUAAUCUACAAAAAAAUCAGGCCUUGCUUGGAGAGAAGCAAAAAGAAGAGGAAAUAGAAAAUAUGAAAGAAGCAGUUUCUCAACUUGUACAAGAUGCUGCUGCCAGAACUAGAAAGGAAGUAGAAGCUGCAAGGAAACAGUACAAUAUACAGAUUUCUCGACUAUCAGAAGAACUUACUGCUCUCCAAAUGGAAUGUGGAGAAAAGCAGAGUCAAACAGAACGGGCUAUUAGAGAGAAGCGAGCAGUGGAAGAAGAACUUGAAAAGAUAUACCGUGAAAACCAAGGAAAUGAAUAUGAUUACAGAAAACUGGAGGAACUGCACCAAAGAUGCCUAAGAGCAGAAAGUGCAAAAGAUGACCUUCAAUUGAGUCUGCAGUCAGCACAAAACAAAAUGAAGUAUCUGGAAAUGAACACUGAGGAAGAGAUAUCUCGUUGCCAGGAAAUGGUUCGUAAGUUGCAAAGCAUUCUGGAUUCCGAAAGAGAAAAGUCUGGUUGUGUCAGUGAACAAAGGCUACGACUACAGCAAGAAAAUGAACAGUUGCGAAAAGAAAUAGAGGACUUGAAGAAAUUUGCCAUGGAGGCACAAAAAAAGGCUAAAUUCAAGAUAAGCACAAUGGAACAUGAGCAUUUAGUGAAAGAGCACGGAUUUGAGGCCCAACUGAAAGAGCUAGAAGAUGCUAACCAAAAUUCCUCUGGUGAACUGAGACGUCUUUUGGUAGCUCAGCAAAAAGCAACAAACCGAUGGAAGGAAGAAACAAAGAAGCUGACAGAAACAACAGAGACCAGGAUCAGUCACAUGAAAAGUGAGCUACGUCAACAAAAACUUCACACUCAAGAGCUGCUUUCUCAGCUGGAAAUAGCAACUGAAAAGGUAGUAGAGAAUGAAAAAUUAAUGAUAGAACAUCAAGAAAAAGUCAACAGGCUUCAAAGACGGCUAAGCCAAGCAGAGCAAAGGGCAGCCACUGCGUCUCAACAGCUCAGGAUGAUUGCUAUGCAGAAGAAAAAGUCUGCCUCUGUGGUGGAUCUGGAAAACAUUUAAAAAUAUGCAUUGUUCAUUUACAGCAUUUAAGAGUUGGGAAAACCAUCAGAGAAG